AUGAUUCGGAGUUCAAUGAUAAUGCAAUGGGAAACCGAUACCGAGGAUGAUGAUGACACAUACCGUGAAUACACAGCUGACUCUCAUAGAAAACGCCCUAGAGGCCAAUAA